UACAAUCCGGGAUGGGAUCCGCCAUCGGGAGAUUAGUUGCUCGGGAUGUUUAAUUGCUGCUCACAUUAAGAAGGCAUCAGUCUGGAACACGAAGCAUUGUUCAGAAGCAUUUUAGAGUGUACUUAAACAAAACCACAGUUUUAGUUAUGCUGGCAACCCGGCGCGCUUGCGCAAAAUAUAAACAAAACAAACGUACUCUUGUGUGCGUGAGCUGUCAAACGCGAAUAGAUUCGGAAUUGGAUCUGGACAUCAUGGCUAGCAUCGGGUGAAAAGUGGAGCGUUUUAGGGUUAAAAUCGGGCCAGCAACAGACCAGUUCAGUGCUAAACUUUCACUUUCAGUGUUGCAGGAAACAGAAGAUUUGAAGAUUUACCGUGCAGGGUUCCAAAGAAGACUCGUGCCCCCCAACAAUCUUCGCGAUGAAAAAGUCAACGCGCCAAACACGAAUGUCGCGAUACGUAGGCAAGCACUCUCCGAAAAUUGCCUCCUUUGAAGAGAUCCCCACCAACAACAACAACAAUGAACACAAGAUCGACAGUAAUAAUGGUGCCAGCAAAAGGAAGAUCUCGCUGGUCGACAACUCCCCCGCUGGUGUGCUGGAGGAAGAGGGAUCGUCCUCGGUUGAGCUGUCGAUCGGCGAGUUACCAUCGUAUAUUGUGGAGAAAGCGUCGAUAUCUUACAACGCCGCCGAAACGUCGUCCGGUGACGGCGAAGACGAUGGUGAAGAUGAUAAGACGGCAGUGAAGAGGCAGCUGAUAAGUGAGGCCGCCGGAGCGGAUUCAACCAAUAGUAGCAGCAGCACCAGUAGCAAUAACAGCAAACCGUCGAAGCGCGGCCGGAAGCGCAAGGAGCGAAAGCAGUACCGAUGCGAGGUGUGCCAAAAGGAUUUCAUGGGGACGAACGAUCUCCGGAAGCACCUUCGAAUACACAACGACGAGCGCCCCUACCCUUGUCCACAUUGCAACAACCGGUUCCGGCAGGCGGGCUGCCUGAAGAACCACAUCGCUUCCCAGCAUGGCACGGACGAGCAGUACACGUGCGAUUUGUGUGGCAAAUCGUUCCCAAUAAAGGAACGGCUGCGACUCCACAUGCGGAUACAUACCGGCGAGAAACCGUACAGUUGUCCGUUGUGCGCGAAAACCUUCGCCCGUGGAGGACAGCUGACACAACAUUUGGCGACGCACAACGGGGUAAAGAAGCACAAAUGCGACCAGUGCACGGCGGCCUUCUCGUGCGCAGCCAAUCUCAAGAUGCACCUGAAGAGCCACAUGGAAAUUCGCGAUUACACGUGCCACAUCUGCGGUCGGGGCUUUUAUCGGCCGGACGCACUGAAAAAGCACCUCCUUUGCUACCACGCGAACCUGAAGGCGUUCCAUUGCAACAUCUGCAAUAAAAUGUUCAAGGGGCAUUUGCCGCAGCACAUGCGAACCCACCUCAAGGUACGACCGCACGGAUGUGCCGUUUGUGGAUCCGUUUUCUCGCAGCGUUCGCAGCUGAUCGUGCACCAGCGCAUUCACAGCGGCGAACGGCCUUACCGCUGUCAGGUCUGCUGGCAAGCGUUCGCGCACUCGAGCGUCUUGAAGCUGCACAUUCGGAAGCACACGGGCGAGAAACCGUUCGAAUGUCCGCUCUGUCCGUCGAGCUUUUCUCAGCUGCCGCAUCUGAAGAAACACAUGCUGUCAAUCCACCAGCAGGACAAAUCCUACCUCUGCCAGAAGUGCAAAGAGUUCUUCAAAACCAAGAUGGAUUACCAAUUGCACGUCACGGCAUGCUACAAUGAUCCCGCAGCGGUGAAGAAUUUGGAUAACCUGAUGGACCCAAUGUACCGCCCGACGGAGAAUAAUGGUAUCGAUCCGCCGAUGACCAUUUCUCGUAUGCGUUUUUUGGUCGCCAUUUUGCUCAAGAAGAUCUCCACGGAUGAUCGGUUGAAGGAGCUGGGAUUCGACAAGCGGCUUAUCGAUAACGUUUUAAUCGACUCCCUGAAAUGCGCUGGCCGAAAAGUGGUGGACGAUAAAACAUACGACGCGCUGGAACGCUUGAAACUGAACGUGCAGGAGCUGCUGGAGUGGACGGUACCACCGAACUACAUGGAGGGCUUCCGUAGCGCUAACCGCAGCACUGAAGAGCUGCUGGAGGAUCUGACCAACUGAAACAGUGGCACAUGUAUUGUUGGGGGACAGCAUCUUAGAGUUGAUGGUCCUAAAAAUGCU